AUGGAAGAACGGAUGAGCAAACUCGAGGCCUUGGUCAUGGAGCAGGGCAGUGGCCUAACAGAGGUUCGUCAGUCUGUGGAGGAUAAUGCACAACAGCUGAGAUCUGAUAUCCAGAGCUGGAAAGCUGAAAUCAUGGAACUCUUGAGACUCAACAGGCCACCUCCACCUUCAGGGGGUACCCCCUCAGUCCAUGGGCAGGUUCCAUCUCAUCAGAACAGCCUAGGAGAGAGUAGUGUUGACCCUGGACGGAGACAGGGAAAGGAGCCUGCUAUGGAGGAUCCAGCUGAGCUACAGGAGAUCUCAGAGGAUGAAGAAGGCCAUGGGGAGAACCAGUUUGCUCAGAAUGUAGACCCCAAGAGAGCUGGCAGGCCUGGAAUGCCAAGGAGAGUCCAUUUUGAGGCAAGGCCAGGAGGUGAUCCUCUACUAAGGUAUAAGCAAGAGUUUCCUAUGUUUGAUUAUGAAAACCCUAGGUUGUGGGUAAUACGGUGUGAAAGGUUCUUGAUGUUAGCCAGAAUACCCAGGGAUGAGGUACUGAACAUUCUGUGUAUUAAUCUAUCUGGCAAGGUUGGGGUAUGGUUUGAAGGGUAUUUGAAUGGAUUGAGAGUUGGAUUUCAGUGGGUAGAGUUUGCCAGGGCAGUCUGCAAAAGGUUUAGUGAGCAUAAUGUGGAUGUUAUGGAGGAGUUCUCCAACUUUAAACAAUGGGGUAGUAUAAUAAACUUUGCUGACAAAUAUGAAGAGUAUAAGGGCUUGCUUCUACAAAAUUACCCCUACUUAACUGACCAAUAUUUCUUACAUUGUUUUGUGGUGAGAUUGAAACAACAGUUGAGAUGCUUUGUUAGGACAACCAAGUCCACUAGCCUGGAGGAUGCCAUUUGGGUGGCUAGGCAGUUUGAGAAAGGCUUGAAGGUGAGUGAGCCACAGAAAAAUCCUUUCCAUUUCACCAAAAAACCUUCUUACUCAACCCAAAGAACCCAAACUAAUCCCAGAACCCUCAAUCAAAAGAACUCUGAGCCAUCCAGAUCCCAAAAUAGCCAAAACUCCCUCAAAACCACAGCCUCAUAUACUCCCCAACCUAAUACCCAAUCACCAGAGAUCAGUAGGUUUAGAGACCAGCUGAGGCAGCAAAAUAGGUGCUUCAGGUGUUUUGAAGCCUGGGCCCCUGGACAUAGAUGCAAGAGCCCCACAUUUAACAUCAUAGAAGGUACUGGAGUACAGGAAACAGUGAAGGAUUUCAAUGAGGUUACUGAGGUGGAAAAGGAAACCUUAUUGACACCUGAAGAGGAAGUGGUGGAAGUAACAUUGAAUGCAGUAAUUGGAGGGGAGGGGAUUAACACCCUUAAGUUUGGUAGUACCCACUGUUUUGUGGACCCUAGAGUAUUGGAGAAAAUAGGGAUUGUCCCUACUAAGACUGAGACUUUAAAUGUUACAGUGGCCAAUGGUGAGAAGUUGAUAUGUGACUCAGUCUGCAAGGGGCUUGGCUGGCAGGUGCAGAAAGAGAGUUUCAAGAAGGACCUAAGAGUCCUAAAGUUGGGAGGAUGUGAUAUAGUACUGGGAAUGGAUUGGAUUAACACCUAUGCUCCAAUCCAACUACACACUAGAACCCCAGGCAUUUCAUUAUGUAAGGAGGGAAAGAAAGUGUGGUUAAAAGGCCUAACCAGGAGUAUUGUUUUACAACAGGCUUCUAAGAAAGAGGUUAGAAGAUGGAAGAAGGGAGGGGUGCAAGGAUAUCUUCUGCAAGGUUCAUUGCUAGAGAUCAGCUCUUCUGGAUUGGCAGAACCUAACUUGCUUGAGUUGAACAGCUUAUUGCUGGAGUUCCAAGACUUGUUUGAGGAACCAAAGACACUGCCACCUCCAAGACCCUUUGACCAUGAGAUACCUUUAAUCCCAAGAGCCAAACCUAUUAACGCCAAACCUUACAGAUAUUCCUAUUUACAGAAGAACACUAUGGAGAAGAUGGUAGAUGAAAUGCUUACAGCUGGAUUGAUUUCACCCAGUACCUCCCCUUUUGCCUCACCUGUACUGCUGGUUCCAAAAAAAGAAAAUUCAUGGAGGUUUUGUGUGGACUAUAGAGCUUUAAAUGACAUCACUAUCAAGAAUAAAUUCCCUAUACCCCUCAUAGAAGACUUAUUUUCUGAGUUGGCCCAUGCCAAGGUUUUCACUAAAUUAGACCUGAGAGCUGGGUAUCACCAGGUAAGAAUGAAGCUUGGGGAAGAGUACAAGACAACCUUUAGAACCCAUCAAGGGUUGUAUGAAUUCAAGGUUAUGCCAUUUGGGUUGACAAAUGCCCCAACAACUUUUCAAGCUCUUAUGAAUCAUGUUUUUCAACCACUGAUCUGGAAAACUGUUCUGGUAUUCUUUGAUGACAUACUUGUGUAUAGUCCUUCCAUGGAAAACCACUAG